CCAGCCGCUGGACCCUGGCGAGCGCCUCUUCGCUGGGCUGCUGCCCCGGCCUCGAGUUGCCUGGCUGUGGAGACUUCCACGACGCACACAUACAUCUUUCGCUUUUAAAAACCUUAGCAAAGGAAUAGAAUAAGCUUCAAGCUGGCGGGAACGAUGGGUCACAUAAAGAAAGGCGAGCUGACCCAGGAAGAAAAGGAACUGCUGGAAGUGAUCGGGAAAGGUACCGUCCAAGAAGCUGGAACACUGUUAUCUAGUAAGAACGUUCAUGUCAACUGUUUGGAUGAGAAUGGAAUGACUCCUUUAAUGCAUGCGGCAUAUAAAGGGAAACUUGACAUGUGCAAGCUGCUUCUGCGCCAUGGAGCUGAUGUCAACUGUCAUCAGCAUGAGCACGGAUACACAGCCCUCAUGUUUGCUGCACUUUCCGGCAAUAAAGACAUCACGUGGGUCAUGCUGGAGGCAGGUGCCGAGACGGAUGUUGUGAAUUCAGUGGGAAGAACAGCCGCUCAGAUGGCAGCCUUUGUGGGUCAGCACGAUUGUGUGGCUAUAAUCAACAAUUUCUUCCCUCGAGAGAGGCUGGAUUAUUACACUAAACCCCAGGGACUGGAUAAAGAGCCAAAACUGCCUCCAAAGUUGGCAGGACCACUGCACAAAGUCAUCACCACGACGAACCUCCAUCCAGUCAAGAUUGUGAUGCUGGUGAAUGAGAACCCUCUGCUGGCAGAAGCAGCCGCUCUCGGGAAAUGCUACAAGGUGCUGGAUCUGAUCUGCGAGAAAUGCAUGAAGCAGAGAGACAUGAACGAAGUGCUGGCUAUGAAGAUGCAUUACAUCAGCUGCAUCUUCCAGAAAUGCAUUGGCUUCUUCAAGGAAGGGGAGAAUAAGCUGGAUACCCUGAUCAAAAGCUUGUUGAAAGGCAGAGCGUCUGAUGGCUUCCCGGUGUAUCAGGAAAAGCUGAUCAGAGAGAGCAUCAGGAAGUUCCCAUAUUGUGAAGCCACGCUCCUCCAGCAGCUGGUUCGAAGCAUUGCUCCGGUGGAAAUUGGUUCUGACCCCACUGCGUUCUCUGUGCUUACCCAAGCCAUCACAGGACAAGUGGGUUUUGUGGAUGUUGAAUUCUGCACCACUUGUGGAGAAAAAGGAGCCAGUAAAAGAUGCUCAGUUUGCAAAAUGGUAAUAUAUUGUGACCAGACCUGCCAGAAAACACACUGGUUCGCACAUAAGAAGAUGUGUAAGAGUCUGAAAGACAUUUAUGAGAAGCAACAGUCUGAAGCUGCCAAGCAUAAGAGGCAGGAGGAAAAGAAGGGAAAGCUCGAUGCCAACUCUAACCAUGUUACUGAAGAUCAGCCAGAGGCUGAAGCGGGCAUCUCCCAGGAAAAUUCCACUCCUGACGAUUCUGCGGAAGGAGCGAGAGAACCCGGAGAAGAAGCUGGACUGGCCCACGCACAGGAUGCUCCUGCAGGGCCCCAGCUGUCGGAGGAGUAAGCACAGUCGACAGUGGCCAGUGGGCUGUCUUCAUCCCAGCAGAUUCCUGCAGAACUCAUAUGUGUCUUCAUUGGCUGUGACGCUGCACGGCUCAGUGCCAGGACUACGCAUCCCUAGAAUAGAGGCUUUCAAGCAAAGCUGCCUCCCACCUUUGAAUUCAUGCUCAUUUCUGUUCUAUAGAUGAACAGGCAUUUCUACGGAAAUUAUUUUCUUUUAAAAUACACACACACACACACACAAAAAAAAAAAAAACAAAAACCAUGUCCAUUCCUCUUCUGGCUCCCCAGUGAUUGUUCGCAAAGGAAAACAAAUCCCCUUAAAGGAGAAAUCUGGGUUCUAGAAUACAAGUUAAAAAAACAGGGACGAUGUGAAAGAAAAGUGAUGUUUAGGGAGAGAGAAAUCACGGGCACAGAAGUGGGCUGUCAGAAAAAGCAAAACUUACCUGUGAAUUAAGUGUAUCUGAGUAGAUUUUAUUGUCCUGAAGUUGGACGCACAGAGCUGUAAUGAGGAACACUCUGUUCAAAGAGCUUCACUGUAAUGCAGCCUGCUGUAGUUCAGAUAGAAAAUACCAAGAGCGCUCUGAACCCCAUGUUCUCUGCAGCAAUAAUCUCUAUAGGAUUUGAGCAUUCAGAAGGGUGUGUUAGCACUGGGUAGUCACUGUACAAGCGCUUCCUGUAAAACCACACUCUUAUCCAAAAGGCCAACCUUUAUCUUCCUGUCAACUCCCAUGAGCCUCAUCCCACCCACAGACUGGGACGUAUAGCUGUCAUUUUAAAGGUGUCCUGUUGUGUAUUUUAAUGUAUGUGGCAUGUAAGCAAGGCUGGAGUGUCCUGUCUGAUGAAGGUGCUCCCUUUCAGUUUCCUGUUGGUUUAAAAUAAAUCUACCCACAUACACGCUU